AUGACGUUUGGUAACAGUGUGAUCUUCGUCCGGCAAAAGAUCCCUGGCUAUUGUUGGAAUACAAGAGAUAAGCCCUACAAAUGUUCUUGUGGAUCAGCUUUCACGCGUCGUGACCUCCUAACCCGGCACUGGCGCAUCUCACAGCAUGACGGCGAGGCUACAGCCAUAGCCUCGACACCUUCCUUGGCAAGAAGUAUUCAGCACCCGCAACAUCAAGAUCAAGCACGCCUCAAUUGUGGGUCACAACUGAUCUUGACUUCAGAUGAUCAACCACAGACGUUGGAUUUUCACGACGAAGGCUUCCAGGAUUUUCGCGACUUUGUAAAUUUCAUCGAUGGCGUGGGACUUUCGGCGCAGUGGUCACCCGAAUUUGGGUUUGACUUUCUGCCAGCUGGAGUGCAACAGCCCCAAGAACAAUAUAUGCAGUCUAGACGGCACUCUGUCGAGCCAGAGGGAGCCCGCUCUUCCGAUCCUGAGGAUAUAGGCACACCCUUCAGUACUUGGCUGCCUUCAGCACCUGCUGAUGAUCAAGUGCAUCUGCGCUCCGAUUCGGGAGAUGACCUUCGAGAAAAGCGCAGCCGCAACGGAACCUACAACGUGACAGACGAACACCGUAAUUUCCUGGUCGCACUUCUGUUGAGUUUUCCUGCGCCAAUAUCAGAUUUUGAGAUGCCCUCACGCCACACGCUCACGCGGUACAUAACAGCCUUCUUUGGUGGCUUUCACAGCCACUUUCCUUUCAUCCAUCGAUCCACCUUCAAACCCUCAUGCUCUCCGCUUGAACUUACACUAUCAAUGGCAGCAGCCGGGGCGCAGUAUUGCUUUGAAAAGCGAAGCUCUGAACGACUUUUUCGAGUGGCGAAAGCUAUGGUGUUUGAGAGGCUGAGACAAGAGGGGAAAUACUUCGGACCGCUAACAUUAGGACUUGUCGGCUCGAACAGUCUGUAUACCCCUGAAGUCGCAUCGUCACUGAGACGUACGGGCCCCUGGUGCCCACUUGACAUGGCAAAAACUCUCCUUACUCUUGUGGGCUUUGCAACGUGGGAGCGAAAGGACUUGCUCCAGCAAGCCUUUUCCCUUCGAGGCUUACUCGUACAGACACUUCGAGAUAUUGGUCUCAGUGAGGAAGACGUGCCCACUGCUGGCUCUUCUUCGAGGUCUGCAAUGUGGGAUCACUGGGUUCAAUUGGAGUCUGCGAGGAGGACUAAGCUUGUGGCUUUUUGCUACAUUAAUGUGCACAGCAUCGCCUACAACGUGCACCCUCUCCUCUGGAGCAGCGAGUUGCACCUUCGAUUGCCUUGCUCUACGCCUCAAUGGCAAGCCACAAGUGCUGCGCAGUGGUCAGCCCUCCGCCGCGACGACAAAGAGGACCAGAUGCCGUUCCAACAAGCGCUUUCUGUGUUACUCCAGGGCUCCACAUGUACGGAGACGGUACAGCCUAUUCCAAGUCCUAUUGGCAACUACAUCCUUCUCCACGCUUUGUUGCAGCGCAUCCAUGUCGUACGUGAGCUGUCGUUUCCGAUAGCUCCCUGUACGAGAAUCUCGACACCAGAGCUACAGACUGUUAGCCGUGCCCUUCGGUCCUGGACCUCGCUAUGGCAACAAACACCUGAGUCGAUACUGGAUCCAAAUAAUGAGAGUGGCCCCAUCCCGUUCACUUCAAGCGCGUUGCUAGUCGUAGCAUAUGUGCGACUAUCCCUAGACAUUGGUCAACACCGACACCUAGACUCCCGCGAUCCCAGUGUCAUAGCUGCUGGGCUUGCGCAGCUACCAGAUAUCGAACGCAACGAUAACCUCCUUUCCGCCCUGCUAUACUCCACACAUGCAUUGAGCAUACCUGUGAGACUCGGCAUCGACAGAGUAGCCCGGAGUCAAGCUUUCUUUUGGAGUGUACAGCAUGCUAUAUCGAGCUUUGAAUGCGCCAUCUUCUUAGGCAAGUGGCUUUGUUCACUUCCUGGCCCACUGCAAGAGGGGUCUCUAUCUCGUUCGGAGCAUCGCAUACUCCACUGGGUGCGGUGCAUCAUCAAAGAGGCAUACGCGGUCGUCGACUUCGAGGAAAUGGAAGGGAUCGAGCCUGAUGUACCAGACGAGCCAUCCGGGCUCGGCCUUGCGGUUCUGAAGAUCUGGAGUCGCUUCUUCAAAGGCAAUACGCAGUGGCAGUUUGUUGGAAACCUCGGCUUGAGUCUAGAGAUCUACAUGAAGACCCUGAUCUGA